AUGGAGGAGAUGUCUAUUGAUGACCCUUUGCCGACAUGGAGUCUCCGUGUCCAGAAGCACAGAGUCCCUGAAUACCAGUGUGUGUGGCGAUGGAAGAAGGGCUGGUUUGUGCUGUAUCCGGCAAGUCCUCACGGCGUGGCUCGCUUGGAGUUCUUUGAUGGCAAGGAGGGGGCGGCUGCGGCCGACAGGGUUGGCACCAAGCGCCUGGACAAGAAGAUUGUGCGGCUGGCAGACUGUGUGAGCGUGGCCCCCGCCCCAGACUGUGUCCCCAAGGAGGGCUUGGCGGCCUUCCGCCUGGAGACCAGCGAGCGGACCUACCUCUUUGCUGCUGAGCCGCAGGAGACGGCCGAGUGGAUGGCGAAGCUCUGUGAGGCAGCUUUUCUGGUAAGCGGGGGGUGGGGUGGGGGGAUGUCGCUGUCUUGGGUGAGGGUCUCUCCUGGCCGUUGGGCCCACCUGGGCUCCAGCGAGUUCUGGGUGACAGUGCAGAAGACGGAGGCGGCCGAGCGCUGCAGGCUCCACGGGGCGUACGUGCUGAAGGCCUCCCGGGACGGCCUUGUCCUCCAAGACCCGCACUCGCGCCAGCCGCUCUACGCUUGGCCCUACCGGCUCCUCCGCAGAUACGGCCGGGACAAGGUGAUGUUCUCCUUCGAGGCCGGCCGGCGCUGCGAGUCUGGCCCCGGCAACUUCACCUUUGAGACCAAGCAAGGGAACGAGAUCUUCUGUGUGGUGGAGGCGGCCAUCCAUGAGCAGAAGGCCCAGGCGGAGGAGAACCGGCAGAGCGGCGGCUCCCUGGACUCCGAGACCUCCGGCCUGGCCCCCCUCCAGAGCGCCAUCGCCAGCACGCUCCGCCUGGAGGGCGAGGGGGGUCCUCCUGAAAGGCGGGGGCCCAGGAGCGCCCUGGGGGCCACCCUCAGCUGGGCCACGGAGGGGGGGGAGGAGAAGGAAGGGGCCACGCAAGACCCUCUGCCCCCGCAGUGGCCCAGCACCCCGCCACGGUCCCCCCUCUCGGGGCUGCCAGUGCCCAGCCCCCCGCCACGGUCCCCCCUCUCGGGGCUGGCGGGGGCCCCCCCGCCCUCCGAGGAGGACUCUGGCAACGUCUACUCAGAGCCCCUGGAUGCCGUCCGGGCCCCCCGGCACGGGCCGGACCCCCUCUACGCGGACCCCCUCGACAGCAGGGGCCAAGGUGGGGGGCAGCAGCAGGAGGCGGCUGAGCUGGGACGGACCGGCUCCCUCUAUGAGCGAGUGGGGCCAGCGGCCGGCGGCUGCCAGGGCCAGCGGGGAGCCGGAGGGCACAUCUACGACGAGCCGGAGGGACGGGCCCCCAGGCCAGCCCCCGCCCCCAUCUACGACGAGGCCCACCUCCCUUGCGAGGCCUGGCGGACUCAGGGCCUGGAGCACCGGGCAGGCUACGAACUCCCUUACCGGCCUGGGGCCGGGGACUACGCCGUUCCCGCCUUCCACCAGAACCUGGGGCUCAAGCCCUCCAAGCCUUCCCCAGCCCCCAAGCCCCCGCGCACGCACAGGAAGCCCCCUCCGGUGCUCGACUGGGCCCCACAGAAGAAUGGCUCCAACAACAACAACAACAACCACCACCACCACCGGGAGGAGGAGGAGGAGGAGGAGGAGGGGGAGCCAAUCUACAGCCGGGUGCUGAAGACCUCGACUGCCGGUCCUGACCCCGUGGGGCGAGAGCAGUCAGUGGACCAGAGUCGGCCAGCCUCCGUCUACGAAGACCUGGGGGAGAUCUGAGGGCCCGGCUGCCACCCUGUCUGAGCCAGGGAGCCCACCCGCCGUGUGGCACCCGGCCGCGAGUGCUGUGCUCUUGCCCCCCCCCCCCCGCUCUGCGUAGGAGGUGCCCAGCCCGGCGGGGCAGGCUUUGGGGCACGCCCCGUGUGGAGUGGGGGUGCGGCCUUGCUCUGCCAGCCUCCGGGCGGGGACUGGAGUCCUCCAGGAAGGGCGUCUCCUCUCCCGACUGCAGGGAACGGUGUGUCGUCCCUGAGGACGAAGGACUGGCAGCUUCUGUGGCAUUUGCUGCGCCCCUGCCGAGCUCCCCGGACUCCUCCCCUCCCCGCCUGUCUGCCUGCAGGAAUCCCCCAGCCCAAACCUGGCGGCCCUCUGCCCGG